AUGUCCUUCAACGUCUACAUGGUCGACUUUCUCGGCAUCUCACGAGGCAUAUUCGUUCAGACUGAUGAACGAGGAAGCGACAGUGGUCAUCUAUAUCAACUGACCGGUGACAUGCUGAACGGCAUGGUUCAUGCCCACAAAGAAAUCAAACGACCAAGCAAUUCCAGUAAAUUCAUUGGCACGGUAUCCACAUCCCAAUACUCGCAAGUUUGCGCUGUAUGUGACUCCAUCACAGCAGGACCACCGAAAAUCGAUCCCGCCAAUUCUCUCCGUCAUUAUCAAGAAUGGACAAAUGAAGUUGUCGAGAUGCUUUUUGCUAGGGGAGUCUUGCAAAGACCUAAUUCCCUAUCAAUGUCUACACAGUUUCAAAAUACCUCGAGGCGAGUAGAUCAAUGCUGCUCGCCAAUAUAUGAUAGCCGUAGCUUUGACUGGUUGGGCGCGAGUCGAAUGCAGGCUCCGGGAAUGGCGAUGUGA